CGCCUCACAAGUACUACAUUGGCUUCCGGUAUGUCCAUCCUCUGACGGAAGAGGCAAUCGAGGAGAUGGAGAAGGACGGCAUCGAGAGGGCUAUCGCCUUCACGCAGUACCCGCAGUACAGCUGCUCCACCACAGGGAGCAGUUUAAAUGCCAUUUACCGCUACUAUAACAACAAAGGGGAGAAGCCAAAGAUGAAGUGGAGUAUAAUUGACCGAUGGCCCACACACCCCCUUCUGAUUCAGUGCUUCACCGACCACAUCCAGAAGGAGCUGAACCUGUUCCCACCUGACAAAAGGAAAGAUGUCGUCAUCCUCUUCUCGGCGCACUCGCUGCCCAUGUCUGUGGUGAACCGUGGCGAUCCAUACCCUCAGGAAGUGGGAGCUACUGUGCAGAGAGUCAUGGAGAAGCUGAACUACUCCAACCCUUACAGGCUUGUGUGGCAGUCCAAG